AUGUUAUGCUGUGUGUGUGUCUGCAAUGCAUCCGGUGUUGCCAUUGGUGUCUUUGGAAAUAUCGGAACCCAAUUAAGCAUAGCCCAGACAAUCGAUAAACACUUGUGGUUUAAGCCCAAAUCCAAUGACAAAAUAUGUGAGAAUUGUUGGAGAACCCUCAAAGAAUUCCACGAAUUCUAUGAGACUGUCCAAAAAGCCCACAAACAAUUGGAAGAAAAUGAAACGGUGCUCAUCAAAGAAGAAGAAGAUGAAGGACAUGCCCCAGAAUCAGUAACAACAAUUAAAGAUGAAUUCGAUGAGCCAUCGGAAGAAGAGAAACCACCAAAUCAACUUGAAGUUGAAAUGGAAACAAAUCUAAGCAAUAUCGCAAUGACGGCAAAUGAAGUGGAAAAAAAUCCUCUGGAAGAUGAUGACCACCAUCAUGGAAUCAUUGAUGGCGAUGUGGAUGGCUAUGAUUCACAACAUGAUAGCCUCUAUGAUGCUGACUAUGUAGCAGCAUCAUCAGCACCAUCAUCUUCUUCUUCGUCAAGUUCCUCAGCCGAGGACGAUCAUCAGCCAGUUGAAACCGGCACGACAAAUGAAAAGAUAUCGAAAGUUAAACGGAAAAGGAGAAAACAGUCCAUGGAAGAAAGUAAAAAAGAUGAAUCGAUUGCACCGCGUAAGAAACGUAAAAGAUUGGACCCCAAACUAACCGAGCAGAUGAUACAGAAACACAUCUCGAUGAUAUGUAAUCUGUGUAAUUUCGAUUGCAAAACAUUUGUAGAGGUUGGCAAGCACUUUAAAGAGUGUCACCCGAAAAUAAAACCCUAUAUAAUGUGUUGCAAUAAACGUUUUACCCGGCGCCAUUAUAUAGCACAACAUGCCCUGCAACAUGAGGAUCCAAAUUGUUUCAGAUGUGAAGAAUGUAAUAAGUCCUUCAAGACCACAUACAAUUUACAUACGCACAAUCUCUCAUUUCAUCAACACGAAGAAGAUGGAGUACACGCCUGUGAAUUUUGUCCACAGAAAUUUCCGCGACGUAAACUCUUGGAGUUUCAUAAGCCAACACAUAUACCCAAGGACCAAUGGUCAUUCUUUUGCAUGAAAUGUCCAACACCGAGGCCUUUUGCCAGUGAAUAUUUGCUGAAGACCCACGAAAGUGUUCAUAAACGAGAAACAAACAUCUGUCAUGUUUGUGCCAAAGAAAUCAAAGAUAAAUAUCUAUUCGAGAAACAUGUACGCCUUCAUUUUGAGGAUAGUGGACCGCGUGUUAAAUGUCCCUACCCGGAUUGUGAAAGUUGGCUAAAGGAUGAAUAUAAUUUAAAGGAUCAUUUGCGUAGGCACAACAGUGAGGGUAUUAUCUAUAAAUGCCCGGAAUGCGACAAGGUAUGUAAGAAUCGUAAAGCUUUGUCGCAACACAAACGGAAUAAUCAUUCCAAUCGUCAGUAUAAAUGUUCGCAGUGUGAAAAGGUGUUCAAAAAGGCAAUAACAUUGAAGGAACAUAUGGCCCAUCACACAGGUGAAAGUCUCUAUAAAUGUCCCUUCUGUCCGAGAACAUUUAAUUCCAACGCAAAUAUGUAUUCACACAAAAAGAAACAGCAUUCAAUGUUGAAUGGUAAAAAUAAAAGUGAUAAGGCUGCCUUUUGA